UAAAGUUAUUUGCCAACUGCCAAAAAUAAUACAAGAAGAAGAAGAAGAAGGUUUGCGUGGCUUUGUGAGAUCCCAUCGGUUGUAGACCGGGUGGAACAUGGAGUGUAUUCCAGUAACCAUUGACGAUCUUGAAGGCAAAAAGGACCUAAUCAUUGAAGAACGAGAGCAGAAUGUUUACACCAGGUUUAUGAAGUCCCAUCGCUGUUAUGACCUCGUACCUACUAGUUCCAAAUUAGUGGUGUUUGAUACUUCACUGCAGGUGAAGAAGGCGUUCUUUGCUCUCGUUUCAAAUGGGGUAAGAGCGGCUCCUCUUUGGGACAGCAAGAAGCAGUGCUUUGUUGGUAUGCUAACGAUCACAGACUUCAUCAACAUUCUUCAUCGCUAUUACAAGUCUCCCUUGGUUCAGAUAUACGAGGUGGAAGAGCACAAAAUUGAAACAUGGAGAGAGGUGUACCUUCAAGACUCUUUCAAGCCUUUAGUUUGCAUAUCUCCCAAUGCAAGUUUGUAUGAUGCAGUAUCGUCUCUGCUGAGGAACAAGAUCCACAGAUUGCCUGUAAUCGACCCUCUGACGGGGAACACACUGUAUAUCCUCACACACAAGAGGAUUCUUAAAUUCUUGAAGCUUUUUAUAUCAGAGAUGCCAAGACCCUCAUUCUUGAGUCAAACCUUAGAGGAACUGAACAUUGGGACGUUCAAAAACAUAGCAGUGGUCCGCACAGACACCCCUCUGUACACGGCGCUGGGUAUUUUUGUGGAGCAGCGAGUAUCUGCGCUCCCUGUUGUGGAUGAUAAAGGACGAGUGGUGGACAUAUACUCAAAAUUUGAUGUUAUAAAUCUGGCUGCGGAGAAGACGUACAACAACCUGGAUGUGACCGUGACCAAAGCCUUACAGCACCGCUCGCAGUACUUUGAGGGAGUUCUGACCUGCAACAGGCACGAAACCCUAGAAGCCAUCAUCAACAGACUGGUAGAGGCUGAGGUUCACAGACUAGUGGUGGUAGAUGAGCACGAAGUGGUGAAGGGAAUCGUCUCCCUUUCUGAUAUCCUCCAGGCACUAGUGUUGACUGAUGGAGAAGAGGGCACAACUUUAGGGAGUAAUUAGGAACGAUUACGCUGUUUUCAGAUGAGACCAGAGCAAAGGAAAAGCACAAGCAUGUGGGAAGAUAAAUAUGAGAGCGAAUUGCCUUCUCCUUUAACACCCACAUAGAAAGACUUCUCCAUCUCUGGAACAAUGUGGUUCAUCAAGUUUUAGCAAUACAGCAAUUUAUAACUGUAGUAGCACAAGAACUUAUAUAAUCUUCCUUAAAUUGAGCCAAAUUUAAAGUCACUAUUAGGUGGCAGAGAUUUGAACAUGCAGAACAAUCACCUUCUCUGCCCCUCUUUACUUUAUGAAGUAAAACUUUUUUUUAUUUUUUAUUCCCCCAUUUUGCCAGCAUUUAAAUUUAUUUUAAGCCUGAAAUCAACAAAAGCAUUAAGCUUUAAAUUGGAUGGUGCAGCUCGAGCACAUCAGCAUCAGUGUCUAAACCCCUCAGACCUUUUUGUUAAAAGGUUUGUAUGAUAACUUUUGCAUUAUUCUCUUAUUGUUCAUUUAAAUUAGGUGGUUUAUUUCAGUGCAGGUGUAGUGCUGAUUAUAUAUCAUUGUAAUUAUUUAUGUGUGUAAUUACAACAGUUUGUGACUUGAACGUUGAUUAUUUAUGUUAAUUUUCUAAUGCUACAAAAAAAACUUUCAGCAAUAUCAGAAAGUCAAAUUAGGAAUGUUUGAAAACAUUUUUCUCAUUAAAUAUGAAAAGGUGUGAUAAAUGUCUGGAUUUAUUCAUUAAGUCUGGCUGUUUGCAGGUUGCAGCUGAAGCAGUUGUGGAUGGAUUCACCAAUCUGCAAAAUCUUAAUUUUAGUAAACAGUUCCAGUAUUUUAAGGUCAAGUUAAAAUGUUUUUGGUCAUUUGGUAGUUACCGUGAUGGCGAUCAAAACUGAAUAGAGUGGAUUUUUGUUUUUGUUUUGAUCCAUUGUGUUAAGAGGACAUAAUCCCUAAAAUCCAGCAUUUUCAUUCCAUUUUCUAAGACUUUAAAUGCCCUGAUUUAAUCCUGAUGAAGUGUACAACUGCAUGUAAAUGCAUAGUUUUUGUACUAAUCUGAGAUCCUUAAUUUAAUAGAUGUCAAAUAAAACUUCUAAGUUUUUGUUUCUAA